AUGAUAGCAAUAUGCCAGGAAUGGGCGCCAUGGAGUGCAUGGACAUCGUGCUCAGUCAGUUGCGGUGAGGGUGAACGAAAACGGACUCGCGAAUGCAUAGGUGGCCGAGACUGCCCUGGUGUUGGGAUGGCAGCAGAAACAUGUGUCACGCCCUCUUGCCCUUCAUGGUCAGAUUGGGGCGCGUGGGAAGGGUGCAGUAUCACAUGUGGUCAGGGCCAUGAGCAACGAUCUCGAAAGUGUCAGGAGCAGCUGAAGAGACCCGCAUAUGCGAACGUGGCGAUUGUCCUCGGUGGUCCUCUUGGACGUCAUGGACACCAUGUACUAGAAGUUUAUCGUACACGUGAAUGCGAACACGGCUCUUGUGAAGGUGCUUCCGAAGAACGACUUCUGUGCAAUCAACAGGACUGCCCCGCGUGGACAGAAUGGACUGCUUGGACGGUAUGUGCAAAUAAAUGUGACGAAGAUACCUACAGGAUACGGAACAGAAUAUGUAUGUAUGGCGGAGUAAGUCACAGUGGAUGUGAAGGACCAGCUCAAGAUCAGUCUUCAUGCCCAUCACGUGCUUGUGCCACAUGGUCUGAUUGGAGUGAGUGGACUCGUACAUGUGAGGGCGGAUCCGAUUGUAUGGGUUCUAAUCGGGAGAUUCGCUUCUGUCAGCUGGCCAGCUGUCCAUAUUGGGACGAGUGGAUGGAUUGGGGUGGUUGUUCAGUUACAUGUGGAAUGGGAGUUUGCGAGCGAAGGAGACGGUGCGUGACAGAUGACCUACUGAAUUUGCCAAAUCUCGAGGAACUUGAUGAAGCCUUGUUCGAAAUGGAUUCUGGUGAGGUUUAG